CGGCCGCGUUCCCCUUCCGGGUCGGCGGGGCGGCGGGAGCUGCACGUGGGCCGCGGCAGAAUGAUAAUAAAGAAAAAGAGAAAGGAAGUUCAUGAGGAACCUAUACAGAAGAAGAAGAAGGUGAAAAGUAGUGGGAGCCAGACUGUUAUUAAAGUUGAGAAAGAUGUUCAAUCUGUCAUUAAAACUGAGGAUGAUGACCAGCUUGAGACGAAAACAAAGGUAAGGAAAAAGGAAAAUUUAAAAGAAGAUGAAUGUUUAGACCAAUUAGAACUGAAGAAAAAGAAGAAGAAGAAAAACAAGAAAAAUAAAGUUGACUCUGAAUUACUGAAAGAAGCACAUUCAGAAAGCUUCAUGAGUGUAGAAGGCCAUCUGGAUUCAGAACCUGAAGAAAAAGCAGAGGAUCAAAUUAAAAUUCUCAAAAAGAAGAAAAAAAAAGCCCAAUGUCAUUCCUCCUUAUCGUUGGAGAAUAAUCAGAGUAGUGAUGUGGAGCUUUCAAAUCAUCAUACAGAUGGUGCUAAGGAAAAUGAAUGUGCCCUUAAAAAAAGCAGAAAGAAUACUGCUUUGAAUUUGGAAUUGGCUGGUGAAGUAACUAAGAAAAAAAAGAAGACAGACGUUUUUUCACUGGAGGACAUCCAGGACAGUGAACAUAAACAGUCUGAAAAAGUUCGUAAAAAACCACACAAAUACAUUUCACAAGAAGCAGCUUUUACUGAUGAAACCCAUGGAACAGAUAUUAUCCAGAAUGAUGGGGAGAGUUAUGUGAGAAGAAAGAAGAGGAAGAAAAAGAAAGAUAAGUCUGACUCCAUUUUACCACUAGCAGAUAAUCAGGACAACACCUCUGCAGUUCCCGACAGUCCCAUUGCAUUACGUGACUUCGGAAAAAGGCAAAGAAAGAAUUCCCAGGAAGUUGCUUUCACAGAUAGAGGGGAAGAGGACACUACUAACUCGGGAAGUGUCAGAGAGACCAAGAGGAAGAAGAAGAAAAGCAAAGAUGUUUCUUCCUUAGUAUGUGAAGAUGAUCAAGACUACAGUCACAGAGUUCCUGAUCAGCAUCUCCCAGCACAGCAAGAAGUCGAGUCUGAGGAAGAAGAGAUUUCUGGAAAAACAUGCAGGAAGACUAUCAAGGAUAAUAGUGAAGUAAUCAAGAAGAAAAAGAAAAAGAAGAUUCAGAAAGAGGAGGAGGAAACAACAUACUCGGAAGUUUUCUUAAGCAAUGACAGCGUAUCUAAAAGCCAAAACACAACGCUGCUAGAAAGCAAUAAAAAGAGCAAAGAGGGCAAAAUGCAGCGAGCCAAAUGUGUCACAGGGGACAUUGUAGAUGGAGUAUUAUGCAAUAGUAAUCAUAUGCUCUGUGACAGAAAAAGGAAAAAAAGAAAAAAAGAAGUACCAGAGGACUUUGCUGAAAAAACAGGUUCAAAAGCAAAUACAAAAAAGAAGAAGAUCAAAAGAGAAGACAUGGGAGAUGAGGCACCGGAACAUGUGGAUGAUGUAACUAUUGUGCAGGAAAAAAAAGGAAACUGUGAUGAAGUUAACAUAGACAAGGUGAGGCGGCAGGCUCUGCAAGAAGAAAUUGAUAGAGAAUCUGGCAAAACUAAAGUUUUCAGUCCCAAAGUGGAACAGGAUGCAAAGUUUGGCCAGUGGAGUACAGCUGCUUUUCAAAGUUCUGAGGAACAAAUGAAGUUUUUUAGACUGAUGGGUGGCUUUAAAAAGGGCUCUGUGCCCAUCCAAAAUCUCUCAGCAACUACAAACAAACCGAACAUGGCUCUCAACAGGGAAGGGGAGGAGAAGUUACAGCAGGCUCUGAAGAUGGAAUUUGAUAAAGCAAUGGACUUGAAGCAACAUAGAGGAAUUGGUCUUGGAUUUCAACCUGCUGCCAACAAAAAAGUAUACAUAGACAAAUACACAUCUAGGUCUAUAAAAUUUGAAGAUUAAAACUCUGAAGUAAUAAAAGGAAUGAAAAUUCAACAGGCAAAUUUCUUUUCACAUCUUUUUACUUGAAAUAAAAUACAAAAUGUUUCAGAAAUUUAUGAGGCACUUUUAGUACAAGUUUUCAACUGCGUACACCAGAUUCUGUGGAGCUGGAUCCUCACUUCAGCUAAACAACAACCUGCACUUUCACAGUACAAAAUAGGAGACUGCAUUUGUGUAUGUCAUGCUCAGAAUUCAAGGGGCCAAAGCAGUCUGUCGGUCUCCUGCUUGGAGUUACACAAAGACACAGAAAACUCAUCACAUCUGUUGCUGCUGGCUGUGCCACCUGUUAUGGCAGACAGUGGUAAGCAGCUCUGGUUCUUCGGCAGAACCUGGUGCCCGCACCUGCUGUGGUGGCACAGUGGCCGACUUGCAGGGGAACCCCGGCCCCCCAGAAUUAGGUUCCUACCUCUCCUUACCCAGCUCAGAGUUUUGCUGCCGAAUUCCCUAUCCUUUUUGAUAAGAUCACGCCAACUGAUCCUCUACGCUUCUUGCUCUUUUAAAGCAACCUCUCUUUCCAUGAUAGUCUUUUCCAGUGGACCGCCCUCCCCGAGAGCAGCUGCCUCCAGCAGAACAUGCGCUCAGCAGCACAACAGCUGGCUCCAACUGGGUAACUCCUGGCGGGAAGUGACAGUUACGCAGAGGCUCUGGCGUUGGGGGUUGCCAUGAAGCCAUUCCCAUACCUGGGAAGAGGGAGAUGCUGAACCACUUCCUGCAGAAUCUGAACUUGUCUUUGAGGAAACCAUCUCCUUUAAAGUGCCAUUUAAACCACCAGUACCUCGGGGUGAGUCGGUUUUGCACCAGUGCUCUCAAAGCUCAGCGACUGGCUUCAACUGUUGCUUUACUUAAAUUCAGGUAGUGGAGGUUCUCUGUUCUCUUCUGAUUUAAGACAAAUGCUGAAUUUAGGCCCUUGGCUAUUUGCCUGCCAAAAAAAAUGAGUUAAAGUAAAGGAAACAGAGGAAAAUGUCAACUAGCAACUUCAUUUAGGAGGAGAGGGACAGCCUGUACAGCUUUCUGCUGCAGAGCCAGCCUAGGCUGGGUAGUGACUGGUCUUGCACUGGCACUGAUGAAGGUGCAGAAGGUGGUACUGGUCCCAGCCUUGCCUUUGGGUAAGGACUCUCCCAUCUAGAAUUGCAUCGUGUAUACCAGCGCGUGGCUCGACUGCAGCUUUGUGGAUGGCUGGCGCCUUGCUCAUGGCAAUACUGUGCACGGGAAAAUCUCAUAGUUUGAAAAACAGAUAUGUAGCUGGGGAAAAAAAACCUGUCAGCUUUUUUCAAGCAGCCAAACUUGGUCUGGCCCAUAUAGUUGCUAUAUACAGAAGAAAGAGAAGGUCUAUAAUAAGUAGAGUGCUUUAAGUAAAAUUAAUUUUGCUCUAACAUGGAAGUAAGCCAAAAGCAGCUAAUUAGAGUGAUUAUGUUAGGUUCUAAGGUAGAUGUUUAGAGUUUGCUCCUGGUAACUAACCAGAGCUUGCUGCCUGUCAUCGAGCUAUAUUUGCACUAAUAAAAACAGUAGUAAAACAUUUGAAAGCAUUUCUCAUGGCAGUCUUGCAUCAAUAAGGAAACCAAAGUUACACUGUGCUCAAAAGACAACAGGCAAAACGUGGUGCCUGGAAGGGGAAGAGGAACAGUUGGGGUGCUUGUGAGGCUGCUGUAAGAGUUUCUGUGGUACAGGACCUGCAACAACCCCCCCCUGGGCUGAGAGCGGUACAUUUGCCCCCAGAGGGCAAUUUCUGCCCCCCAGAGCCGCUCAGUGUGACCCACUGGGCGGUUUAGGGAGCCAAGUUUAAUCCCACUUACUCAGACCAUGGUUUAUGUUUCCAACAGGAAGAAUCAUCUACAUGCUGCUGAGAGUUGUUCUCCGCAGCUGCAGGAAGGAAAGCUAAAUUAAAGUGGGACAUGAUAACACAUGCAGUACUAUCAUUUCAUUAUCUAUGUGAGCUUUAUACAGAAUUAUUUAAGGAAAGUCUGUAUAAUUAAAGUAGCUAUGGACUACAGGUUGGAAAGGUUCUGUAUCAAGUUGGUACCACUUCAUAAUUACUUUGUAUUCCUACAAUUUUACUCAGCUUACAGACGUAGUCUGUACCAGGACCCAAGGGUCCUACUUCAGUUCUUUACAACUUUAACACAAAUUACAUACCUUAGAUGUACCCUGCUUCAGUAACCACUGAGGAGAUGAAAAACAUGCCACAAGAAUGGUUUAAUAAUUCGGGUGGUAUUUAUCAUCAGCUUGCUAACUCCGUAAAUAUAUGGUUCUAGCGAAACUGAUUACUUGUUUAGCCUUAACAAAAUAAAACAUUUUUAUGCAAAAAAUAUAUCUUAAUAUCCAUAUAAGGAUUUAGCUUAUUAAAAUACUUACCACUAAGCAAAAGCAGCAAUAGAUGCAAGGUCCCAACAGGGUUCCUUACUGUGGGACAGAAGUGGUGAGAGUGAAAUUUAU